AUGAUUCCAGAUGGAAGCUCAGAGCUACAGGAAGUAAUGAAGAACAAUGGACAGCACUUGCUUAGUGCCCAGCACAGAGACCUGACCAGACAGAGUCGGCGUCGGACGACUGCCGACGACAGUUUGAUGGAACGCUUCAUGCAGGAUGUGCUGGACCACCACCCAGACAACUACCAAGACAACAGCUCUGCACCAAAUGAGGCAGCAGCAGCAGCAGCAGCAGCAGCAGCAGCAGCAGCAGCACCACCACCACCACCACCACCACCACCACCAGCAGCAGCAGCUGGGUCACCGGAAGUGAUUGUUUUGGAUGAUUCGGAUGAAAAGGAGGACGACAGUGAAGAGAGCAGUGGAGAGAUGCUCUCCGAGGAUUCAGAAUCUGUGGAAGAGAUAGAGUGUAGGCCUGGCACUUCUCAGGAAUGUGCAGAGGUUCCAGUCCGACCAUCGGUUAUUCAAAGGCUGGAGCGGGGGCAGCAGCAGUCCUUGGAGUUGGCGCGUAGGGUUGAGAGUGGUGUGAAAACAGUUAAUGCAGUUGGUGGUGUUCAGGCUACAACUAGAGGAGAAGAGUUCGUGCGUCCCCCAGUGAUCUGUAAUGCUCCUGCCGGCUCUUUGCCUAGAGGCUCUGUUGAGAGACCAGUUGCGGCUAACAGUGUUCCUCGGUUAGCGCUGGCAGUGGCUUCAGAUUCCUUUCCAGCUUGUGACACAGAGAACCUUGACACAUACUUUGACCCCCCAGAUCAGGGCUCUAGCAAUUCACAGUCUCGACCCAAAGCAAAAGAUCCAAAAAAGAAACCUUUAAGUAUUAAUUUAGACAAAUUGCUUGCACAGAGAGAUCUCAGAGCUAAGGGUGCGUCUUUUUCCCCUGUUGUACGAGUGCGUGAGCUAACAGGUGCCGAGCUUUGUUCUCUAAGAGUUGAGUCAUCUUGUGAGUCAGGGGCAGGCGCAGCAGGAAACCCCAGUGAGACAGGCACACCCUCAGAUGCAGCCCGUGAAGGUGCCAUUCCAAAGCGUCGUGAGGCAUCUCGUUCAAAUGUAGUCCAUCCCCAAGAAGAAGCAACUUUGGUUCUUAACAGGCCAUCACUUCUGAGACAAACGUGCUCGGUGAGUUCUGAAGUGCAGCUCGAUCGUGGCUCUCUUCAGCCAGUACCUGCUCAUUCCCAAGCCGCCAUAAGUGACUUAAGUCAUUUGGAGGAAGAAGAGGAGGAGGAGGAGGAGGAGGAGGUUGACCUUGAGUAUGAGAGCUAUGAGUCUGGAGGUUCUGACAUGAGUUUUGAUUGUGCGUCCUCUUGCCAGUCACCGAGUCCUCUAUCUGAACUGAGCCCUAUAGAAAUAAACGAAUCAGAAGAAGUGCAGGCAGAUGUCCAGCCUAGCGACGAAACACCUACUGUUUCCGGAGCAACUUCCGGUAAUGGCAGCAGUUCCCGUCAGGGGCAUACCAACCGUUCUCAAGUGAUUAUACAGAACACACAGCUCAUCCGUUUGGUUGAUGAAAGCUACGAGUCUAGUGGCUCUGAAGUGAAUUUCGAUGGCGAGGACUCUCUUCCGUCCACCAGUCGCGGUGCCCCACUGCUGGCGGCAGCAAACCUUCCUACACAGAUGGCUGUCAGCUUGGUAGACAGCUAUGGAAGCGGCAGCCCUGAACUAUGGGAGGAUUCUGUGUCCUCAGCUGAUGAGAUUCCAGCAGCAGCGGGACAACAACAACCUCUGCAGGCCACCCAUGCACACCUGGUCGAUGAGAACUACGGGUCAAGUAGCUUCAGUUCUGAUAGUGAUGCGGCUCCCCAAAUGCCUGCUCAAGAAAGAAGCCCAAGAGGCAGAGAUGCCCAACAGCAAGAUGAACGCCAACCCAGCGGUGCUGGUGCACGUCCUGAGCGUGAUGAGCCCCAGAGAGAAGCAGAAGAACUCAGUGUUCCCAGCCAGAGUACCAGCCGUGGGGAUAUGAACUGUGAGUCUCAUGGUCCUGAAAUGGGUUUUCUUGCUGAUGCUCAAUUAGAGGCUGACCAUUCACCAGUAAACCCUGAGGACAUAGAUGUUGACCUAGAGGAUCAGAGUGUUCACUCUGGCAUUUCUAAUCUAAGUUUUGAUUCCCAUGCUUCUUAUCAGUCAGCUAAUGAUGAACCUCAAGGGGCUUGGGAUGAAGUAAAUCUUGAUGAGUUAAAUGCUGACAUGGACGCUAAGAGCUAUGCCUACUCCAGUUCUGAGUUGACAUUUGAUUCCGAUUCCCCUCUUCUGUCAGCUACUGAGCAUUCUCUGCUGGAUGCUGAAGGACUGAACGAAGAUGACUUUGACCUGGACGAAGAGAGCUGUGUGUCAAGUAGCUCUGACAUAACUUUUGAUUCCGACAUUCCCGAUGACUCAGUAGCUGACCAACUUCGAGUAGCUGUUUAUGAGGAGGAACCUGUUGAUCUGGAAAAUAAGAGUUAUGAAUCUUGUGUUUCUGAAAUAACAUAUGAUUCUGAUAUUCCUCUUCAUUCAGGAAACGAUCACCCUGAAGUAAUCAUUCAGGAAGAAGAGAGCGCUCCCUUAGAAGGGAGGGAUGACAACCCCAGUGGCUCUGAGAUGUGUUUGGAUUCUAAUACUAAUAAGACAGAUUCUCCUAAAGAAGAGCAGGUACACAUACAACACAAGGAAAACGAGCCUACUGAUUCUGAACCAAGUUUGAAUUGUGAUACUCUUAACUCAGAGCCUGGACGUUCUGAAGAUCCCAUGACGGUUCGUGUUUCUGAAACAGGACUUGAUUCUCGUACCCCCUUUCAGUCAGUCAUUCGCAAAGGUGAAGUAACUGUCGAAAAUGUAUGCCCUCAGCAAGAGACGCAUGCCCAGUCGCCAAGUCAAAGUGCAGAAUCUCAUUCUGAAAUCAACCCCGCUGCUUCUGCUUCUCAUCCAGUGGCAGAACCCUAUGUAGGGAAGAAAGCCAAGAGAAAGACGAAGCACCUGGAGGAAGUCAGGAGUGACGACGAGUGUGGCGACUCUCAGCCAGCUGCUUGGAAAGGGGACCAUGUUGACUCAAAAGAUGAAAGCACUGGGCCCAAAGGAGCUGGAGGAGAUCUCAGUGCUACUGGCUGUCUUGACUCAGCCGUCAGCCAACCUCAGCCAGCUGUGAACGGAAACCAUGUUGAGCCGGAAGACACCAACAGCAGACCCGGUGAUUCUGAGGCAGACGCCGAUUCUGCCGGCCACUGUCACGCACCGUCUGAAGAGGAUGACGUGAUCACAAAGAUGAGCGAGUGGAAGGAAGAGGCAAGGGUUCUCGAAAAGAAGAUCAGGGAACUGAUUUACUCAAAACUAAUACACCAUUCCACGGCCUCUUUUCCUUCUGCAAUGGAUCAACUUGAACUAGCUCUUAAACAAAUAAAUCUUGAUAGUAACGAUCAAAUGUCCUUGGAAAACAACAGCCAGGAUGCCAGUUCUGCAACAAACUUGGAUUCUGAUGUCUCCGUUCAGUCAGUAGCUGAACCACCUGAAACAGCUGUUUUGGAGCCUGAACCCGAUGAACUUGAAGGUGGGAAUCACGGGUCUCGUGAUUCUGAAGUAAGCUGCGAUCCUAACGACUCUGUCCAGCCGGAGGCUGAUCAGCACAGUGACAGCCAUGAAAACAGAGGUCAGAUGGAGAAAGAUGACCUGGAAGGUGAGGAGGAUGAAGUGCAGGAUUUUGGAGUCACAAGUGCUUCCAGUGUCCCCCAGUCAUUGGCUGGCCAAACUGAAGUUGAAGUAGUUGAGGAGAUCAGCUGCUGGGAAGACUGCGGUGAUUUGGAAGAUAACACCGUUGAAUCUAGUGAUUCAAAAAUAAACUUCCAUCCUGAUGAACCGCUCCAGUCUGUGCAUAAUACAGCUCAAGAGUCUGUUCAAGAAGUAAAUGUACUGAGGGGACAUGUUAGUCCGCAUGACAGUGACUGUGAACCCUGCAUCUCUGCAGUAGUGCCCAUUUCAAAUGUCAUUUUUUGCUCAGUAAUUCAGAAGCCACGACAUUUGCCUGAAACAAGCAUUGAUCCCUGUGAUGGUCCUGAAAUGGAUGCUGAUCCCAGUGAUCCUUGCCAGUCAGUAGCAGACCAUCUUCAAAAACCUGUCCAGGAAAUGAAUCUGAAGGAAGACCGUAUUUACCUGGAAGAUAAGAGCUACAAGCUCGUUGAUUUAGAGCCAGCUUACUAUCCUGAUGAUCCUGUUCAGUGUGUGACAGCUCCAUCUGUGGACAGUGUGUCUACCAGAGAAGUAGAUGUGCAAACAGAGAAUCAGAAUGAGGUAGAAAAUGAGGCCUUUCAGCCAUAUUGUUCUGAAGUACCAUGCUGUUCCAGUUCUCAUCGGCAGCCCGACGUUGGCCCACCUCCCGUGUUUUGCAGAGAAGCAGACCCCGAGAGGAAUGAGUUUGGCACAGCGGGGUCCAGCGAGCCUUGCGAGCCUGCCGUGCUGUACGACUCUGACGUGUCUUUUCAGAUAGUAGUUAACCAGCCUCAGACGGCCGACGGAGAAGCCGAGUCCCCACAGGUGGUGCUGUUGAAUGUUGUGCCCAGUGACAGUGAUUGUGACCGGGAAGUCAUUUCUGAUUCAAAUAUUCCUCUUCAGCUAGAAACCAAUGAUACAAAUACAGAUUCUGCUGGGCCUGCAACAAUGGGAAGGUCCUACUGUAGAUUCUGUCGUUGUUAUUAUGAAGCCUCUCAGUCAGCGACAAAUCAAGCCAAGGAAAGUUUCAGAAUAAUCAAUCGGAACAACGACUACAUUAUUCUGGGAGAUCCCACGUGUCCGUCUUGUGGUCAUGAACUCAGUUUCACUGCUGAUUCCUCUGACCAGCCCUCUACCAGCCAGUGCCUCGUGUCUGACCGUGUCCCUGCUGCCCCAGAGGAGCAGAGACCCCAGCCCCACUGCUCUAGCAGGAGCUGCAGUCUGGAAGAUACGGCUCGGCCAGUGAUUUGCCAGCCGCAGGAACCAGCCCAAGGCGCCAGUUUUUGGGAAGUUCCGAGAAACGUUGCCUUCCGAGACAGGAACUGGGCACCGGGGAGCUUUGCGGCUCGCCAUGCCCGUGCUGUGUCGGUGAUCCGCCCGACCACCGUGAAGCACAUCCCUUUGAAGAUACCAGAUGCAGACCCAGAACCCGAGCCUCGUCGGGCUGAUGGGCCUGAACCGGACCCGGACCAACCUCAGCCUGCUAAGAAAAGCCGCGACCUUAAGAAGGUAACUUUUGAUAUGAGAGUAACCAAGUACGAAUAUCUACCAUAUCCUUGGUACCCGGAAGAGUAUGCACAAGCGUAUGCAGAAGAGUAUGCACGAGAGUAUGCUCAAGUGUAUGCAGAAGGGUAUGCACGGGAGUAUGCACAAGUGUACGCACAAGGGUUUGCACAAGGGUAUGCACAAGAGUAUGCUGAGGGGUAUGCACAAAGGUAUGCACAAGCGUAUGCACAGGAGUAUGCGCAAAGGUAUGCACAAGCAUAUGCACAAGAGUAUGCACAAGCGUAUGCACAAGCGUAUGCACGAGAGUUUGCACGAGAGUAUGCACAGGGGUAUGCAGGAGGGAAUGCACAGGAGUAUGCACAAGAGCCUGCACAGGAACGUGCAGAAAGGAAUGCACAGGAGCCUGCACAGGAACGUGCAGAAGGGAAUGCACAGGAGAAUGCAGAAGGGAAUGCACAGGAGCCUGCACAGGAGAAUGCAGAAGGGAAUGCACAGGAGCCUGCACAGGAACAUGCAGAAGGGAAUGCUCAGGAGAAUGCACAGGAACACGCAGUAGGGAAUGCUCAGGAGUAUGCACUAGAACAUGCACAGGAGAAUGCACAGGAACACGCAGUAGGGAAUGCACAGGAGAAUGCACAGGAACACGCAGUAGGGAAUGCAGAGGAGAAUGCACAGGAACAUGCACAAGGGAAUGCAAAGGAGAAUGCACAAGAGUAUGCACAGGAGCAUGCAGAGGAGCAUGCAGAGGAGCAUGCAGAGGAGCAUGCACAGGAGCAUGCACAGGAGCAUGCACAGGAGCAUGCACAGGAGCAUGCACAGGAGCAUGCACAGGAGCAUGCACAGGAGCAUGCACAGGAGCAUGCAGAGGAGCAUACCGAGAGGGGCGCCGCAGCGGUUCACGCCGCAUCGGUGCACAGUGAAGGUGACACUGGAGACGCCGAGGACAAACCGUCCUGUUCCCCCGCGGAGGGCCGCAGUGUGGCUUCUCAGGACCGGGUGGAAGGAGUCAGGCCUGGAACCCAAGCAAGUCCUGCGAAGAAAAGAAAGAUGGCCGGACAAGAGGGAGAGCUGCCGAGAAAGAAGCAUUUCUACUAUGACAGCCGGAAGAAGGAAAAAGCCCCGAGCGGGAGCAGCGAGUCGCCUGCAGCCCCGACGGCGCCCGUGCAGCACGAUUCCUUGGUCUCCAUCUUCUCCUCUCUGUGUAUGACGGAAGGUCAGUCUUUGAGCCAACCCAAGGCGAAGCCUGGCAGCGACGGGGCCUCGCAAGCCGCUCCCAGCCGACCACCUGCGACAACCGUGAUUAAUGCUCUGCAGAACCCGACGGGACCGGACGGUGACACAGCUGAGAAAGCUGGCGGGGACCCCGGUCAGAGUGGCGCCAGCGCCAGCACGGCCAGCACGGCCAGCACCAGCUGGGCCAGCGCCAGCACCAGCUGGGCCAGCAGCAGCACCAGCGCCAGCGCCAGCACCAGCUGGGCCAGCAGCAGCACCAGCGCCAGCGCCAGCACCAGCUGGGCCAGCACCAGCGCCAGCACCAGCACCAGCUGGGCCAGCACCAGCGCCAGCGCCAGCACCAGCACCAGCUGGGCCAGCAGCAGCAGGCCGAGCGUGCCUUCGGCAUCCAUCAUGGCGGCGCCCAAGAAAAGAACCAUUCAGAGGUUCCUCGAGGAUCAGUCUGCAGCUGCAGAAAAGCCGGCUGUGGUCGCUGCUGAAACUCCCAGUGCUAAUUCCCAGCAGACUCGUUUGAACCGUGACAGUGCCAAGAUGUUUCUCAAAUCAAUCAAAAAGGAGCUUUUGGAGAGUAAAAAUCAAAAGAAAUUUUGGAAAAAGAAGAUGGCGGCUACACAUCUCAAAAUGUGUUUACUCAAAAAUGCUUACAAAACAGUGGUUCUCCGGAAAAAAUCAAAACUAGCGUCAGAAAAACUGGCUAUGUGGAUUCAGCUGAAAGCGACCGAUAUCCUUAGGAAGUACGGUAACAGAGGCCCUGGUGUGCGCAGGAACCGUCAGUCAAAGACUGUUCUUAUCCGAAAGCAGCUGUGGAAGAAGAAGAUGGUCGCCAGGAAGAUAAAGGAGGCCAAGAAAGCAGCCGAAGAAGCGCGCUCCCGGCUGAGCCUCUCCAUCAGCCCGGCCGUGCCUGAAGAGCCCCAGCCAAGCACCGCUGCAGGGCCCGCCGAGCUGCCUGCCAGUCUUCCCGAGGCUGCGGGAAGAAAGCGCUACCGGAAAAAGUACUACCGCAGAAAGAAGCUUCUUCCUGUGAGAGAGUAUGACCUGAGAAGCUCAAGUUACGCCUCCUGCUCCGACAGGAUGGUGACGCGGCUUGCAAGCAAGUCGAAGCAGUGA